AUGCCCCUCGGCAUUCAGCGUCUCAACGCCAAAAAGUCGCAUCCCAAUGACCGAAUUAUAUUCAUCAAGCCCCUCAAAGGGCCGGACGAAGCCAUAGCGCAAGACUUCCUGGAGAGGAUAGCAGCGCAAUGCCAGUAUGAACCCAACCGCGAGUUCGUCGGCCGCAACUUCAACGCCGGCGAAGUUAUCCAGCUCGUCCUUAAAUCCCUUUCGGGCCACUGGCUGCCCUUCAACUACGUGCAAAUGGUCAUGAUGCACGAGCUCGCUCACUGCAAGCAGAUGAAUCAUUCGCGCGCCUUCUGGGCCGUGCGCAACAACUACGCCGACGAGAUGCGCCUGCUUUGGGGUAGGGGCUACACGGGUGAAGGACUGUGGGGCAGGGGAGCGCUGCUUUCCACGGGCGAGUGGGAGAGGAAUACGGUGCAACCUGGUGAAGGCCUACCGGAGCACUUGUGUGGUGGAACGUAUAGGAGUCGGGGGAGGAAGAGGAAGGCCAAGGCUCCUAAACCGAAGUUGAGUUACAAGGAGCAGAAGGAACGGAGGAUACUGAAGAAGUUUGGCGCGAAUGGGGUCAAAUUGGGGGAGGAUGAGAAGGUCAAGAAGGAGUUGGAGGGUGGGAAGAAAGUGGUGGCAAAGCCGAGGGUGGCGGGCAGUGCGAGGGGCAGGGAGUUGAGGGCUGCGGCAGCAUUGGCGAGGUUUGAGGGGCUCAAGAAGGAGAAGGAGGAAGAGGAGAAGGUGAAGCAGGAGGAGAUUGAUGAGGAUGAGACGGGCAGUGGAACGGAGAGUGAUGAGUAUGAAGAUGAAGAUGAUCAGGAUGGUGUGGUUGCUGUGGAUAUUAACGGGAAGAAGUUGCUAGAUGGCAAGGGUAGGGGAAUGAUCAAGGUCUGUGAGGAUGAGAAUCCCGAGGAUCAGGAUGCGCAGCAGGAGUUGAGGGAGUUGAUGGAUUUCAAUGACGGCGCAAGGAAUUCAACACCUAAGCUGUCUGCUGUUAAGGUCGAACCAUCAUCGACGCAUACCGGGAUACCAGAGAAUGUCAUCCAAGCUCCGGUUUCAUCCCACAAGAACAGAAAAGAGAAUUUGGGGGAAGAUGCAAGCCAGAAGGUCUCACAGAUCCGAUCCACCGUUCAAAGUAUGAACAAGAACCACCAUGCCUCCACGACAACAGAGAAACCCCCAGGGGUAAAAACCGACCCAACUCGCCCACCACAAAAGAAGGAAAACAUAUCCCCCUCAUCAAUCCCAAAGUCUACCUCCGAAGCCGAACCAUCUUCGAGAACCUGUCCGAUAUGCUCAUUCGCCAACGAGCCCACUUGCAUUACCUGCACAAUAUGCGCCAACGUCCUUGACCCAAAGAACGUGGUUGGGUCCUGGGUAUGUACCAGUCAGACAUGUCAGGGGAGCCAGUAUCGAAAUGCUGGGGACUGUGGUAUUUGUGGUGUGUGUGGCGAGCGGAAGCAAAGAGGAACAGGAUGA